AUGAUUCUUCAGAGGCUCUUCAGAUUCUCCUCUGUCAUUCGGUCUGCAAUCUCAGUCCAUUUGAGGAGGAAUAUUGGUGUUACAGCGGUGGCGUUUAAUAAGGAACUCGAUCCUUUACAGAAACUCUUCGUGGACAAGAUUAGGGAAUACAAAACUAAGCGACAGUCAUCUGGAGGGCCUGUUGAUGCCGGCCCAGUGUAUCAGCAAGACCUGGAGAGAGAGCUUUUUAAGCUUAAGCAAAUGUAUGGCAAAGUAUUGAUAGACAUGAAUACAUUCCCAGACUUCAAAUUUGAAGAUCCCAAAAUUGAAGCCGUGGAAAAACCCCAGCCUUGA